CCACAUUUCUGUCUAUUAACAGAAAUAUCAGAUGAAAUCGAUUGGCUUGAUAUAUCGCCGUACUUGUAUAAUAGUCUUGAUAUUGCCUUUAGUGUAGAAUGAGGCUGGGACUGAGGGGUAACAGUUUUGGUCCGUUUUAACCAAGUGGCUUUAGUUGCGGUAAACUGAGUGGUACUUUUUGCUCAGGAUCGAUUUCUUACUGCUUGAUAGUAGUACGUGGCUGCAGGCAACUGUGAUUGAGAGUGGCUUAAUUUUAUUUUUAAAGAAAUGAAGUUAUGCUUUCUGAAGAUUUGUAGUUAACUUAGGUGUAAAAUACUUCUGUAGCCUUUGCUGGAAAGGGUACAAAUCCAUGCUGAAAUAUUUGGAAAACAGUUAUAUGUACAGCUGUCUCUAUAGAAACUGUGAAGUAAAAUGCUAUAAUUACUUUAUAUGGGCUCUACUGCAUUUCUGUUGGGACAGCUCUCUCUUUAGAGCUGACUGGAUUCAGCCCUGGCGGUGAAAGGCACUGUAUCACACUGCUAAACCUUUAAACUUUCUAGUUGCUUCAGAAGGGAAGAAAAAUAGAAGUUUAGCAUUUUCUCUGUGUGUGUGUGUGUGCGUGCGCAUGCGUGUGUAUGAGAGUGAAAGCUGUGCAGACUGUUCAGCUGGGGCAGUCAGGGAAGUGACGUCCUGUAUUAUUUGUCGUUCUAGAAAGAGCGGAGACACGUACUGUAGAUGGGAGGACUCUAAAGAGGGCUGUGUCUUGUCCAGUGUGUAUAAUUAUUUACAAAUGAGCAACGGGGGAAGGAAUGAAAUACGGAGCAGCUGUCUAGUGUUUCUUCAAUCGCCUCGACAUUGCUAAGACACUGGACACUGCUUUCCUUAUAGCAAGAUAAAAAUCUGAAUUCCUCCAACACUCGGGAUGGGGAAAGAUUAUUAUUCUAUCCUGGGAAUUGAAAAAGGGGCUUCUGAAGAAGACAUCAAAAAGGCUUACAGAAAACAAGCGCUUAAAUGGCAUCCAGAUAAGAACAAAUCCCCUCACGCAGAGGAAAAAUUCAAGGAGGUUGCAGAAGCUUACGAAGUGCUGAGUGAUCCCAAAAAGAGAGACAUUUAUGAUCAGUUUGGGGAGGAAGGUCUGAAAGGAGGAGCUGGAGGACCAGACGGACAGGGUGGUACCUUCCGGUACUCAUUCCAUGGCGACCCACAUGCUACAUUUGCAGCUUUCUUUGGUGGCACAAAUCCUUUUGAGAUCUUCUUUGGAAGGAGGAUGCCUGGUGGCAGAGACACUGAAGACAUGGAAGUGGAUGGUGAUCCAUUUGGGUCCUUCACUAGUUUUAGUAUGAAUGGUUUUCCAAGGGAAAGGAAUACAGUUGGUAGCCAAUUACGUCGUAAACAAGAUCCCCCUGUAAUCCAUGAACUUAAAGUGUCAUUGGAAGAGAUUUAUCAUGGCUGCACAAAAAGGAUGAGGAUUUCACGUAAAAGGCUUAACCCAGAUGGUAGAAGUGUCCGAACAGAGGACAAAAUUCUUACUAUUGAGAUAAAAAGAGGAUGGAAAGAAGGCACCAAAAUCACUUUUCCAAAAGAAGGUGAUGAAACACCCAACACAAUUCCAGCUGAUAUUGUUUUUAUCAUUAAAGAUAAACCUCACUCUCACUUCAAGAGAGAUGGAUCAAAUAUUAUCUAUCCUGUUAAGAUCAGCUUAAGGGAGGCUUUGUGUGGCAGCUCUAUCAACGUGCCAACGAUAGAAGGAAGAACCAUACCCAUGACAGUAAAUGAAGUUGUAAAGCCUGGAAUGAGAAGAAGAAUUAUAGGAUAUGGUUUGCCAUUUCCCAAAAAUCCUGACCAACGUGGAGACUUAAUUAUAGAGUUUGAAGUAAUUUUCCCAGAUAACAUUUCUCCAGCAUCAAAAGAAGUACUUAGGCGAAAUCUUCCAGUUUCAUAAAAUGAAGACUGUGUAUGUUAACAGUUUAAACAGGACACUGGAAAUGCAGAAGACUGGCAAGUCUGUGCUUUUAAAAGUGCAAUCUGUAACAACUAGUGGAAUAUUUGGGGUUUUUUUUUUUUGUUUUUUUUGUUUUGUGGGAUGGGGGGGAAAUACUGUAAUGCUGCAUGAGAAGAAAAAGGUUAAAUAUAAGUCAUACAGGUGACUUCUGCAGUAAAAUUUACAGGAAAACCACUCAUUUUAUUUUAGAUCUUCCUAAUCAAAAAAAGUUAUUCAUUAUUUUGCCUAAUGUAAAAUGUAGUCGGUUUUUACAAAGUCAGUACAUAUUUCUGAUACAGUAUUUGAGCCUCCAAGUACUUUAUUUCUUAUAUCCCUACCCUAUCUAUAACAUUACCCAUUUGUACAGAAAUUGGACAUAGUAGUAGAAAUAUGCAAAUGUAUAAAUAAUAUAAAGAGCAAAACAUGAAAGAUAUCAUUCUGGUAUGUUGCCUUCCACUGCACAAAGCAUAGGCUGGGAAAAUUGGCUUAGACUCCUGAACCAUCCCCCAGUGGAAUGAAAGCAUUUUCUUUAUUGCCUCAGAGAAUGUGUGAGGACUGCAUUGUGAGUCUAGCAAAGGGCAUGUGGCUUGAGGAGCAAGAGUAGCCAUUUGCUAUGGGAUAGUUCCUCAGCCUUCAGGCAGAACAGCAAGAAGGGUUUCAACAAGUACAUAAAUAGAAAAUGGUGGGCCUUCUGUCAAACGGAGCAGGCAAGCUUGAUGACAAAUGACAUGGAGAAGGCUGAGGUACUCGGUGCCUUCUUUGCAUCAGUCUCUACCAGUAAAACAAGCCUUCAGGAAUUCCAGACCCCUGAGACCAGAGGGGAAGUCUGGAACCUCAGUGAUGGAAGGGCAGAUUAGGGUGCACCUAAACUGGAAGUCCAUGAGCCUGACAGGUGGCAUGUCUAAGUGCUGAGGGAGCUGGCUAAUGCCAUUGCAAGGCCACUCAGUUAUCUUUGAAUGGUCGUGGAGAUUGGGAGAUGUUCUGGUAGACUGGAAAAGAGCAAAUAUCACUCCUGUCUUCAAGAAAAGCAGGAAGGAAGAUUUGGGGAGCUACAGGCCAGUCAGCUUCAUUCACCUCAGUCCUUGGGAAGGUGAUGGAGAAAAUCUUCCUGGAAAGCAUUUCCAAACAGAAGGACAAGGUGAUCAGGAGUAGUUAGCAUAGCUUUACAAAAGGGAAGUUGUGCUUGACCAACCUCUAUGCCCUCUACAGUGAGGUGACUAGCUUUGUGGAUGACCAGAGAACAGUCCAUGUUGUUUACCUUUGACCUUAGUAAACAGACUGAUAAAGUACAGGUUAGAUAAGUGGAAAGUGAGGUGGAGUAAAACCUGGCCAAAUGAGUGGGCACAGGGUGGGUGUAGUCAGUGGCACAAAGUCCAGUAGGAGGCAAGGCAGUAGUGGUGUACCCUAUGGCUCAAUACUGGGGCCAAUACUAUUCAGAAUCUUCAUUAAUGACCUGGAUUAUGGGAUGGGGUGGGGUGCAUCCUCAGUCAGUUUGCAAAUCACGAAACUGGGAGGAGUGGCUGGUAACCCUAGAUGAUGUACCACCUUUGAAAGGGACCUAAGUGGGUUGGAGAACUGGACUCUCACAGAGUUCAACAAGGGGGAAUGUGAAGUCUUGCUCCCUGAGGAAUAACCCAAGGCAGUAGUAGUACACCCUGGGAGCUGAGUGGCUGGAAAGCAGUUUUGCUGAGAAGGACCUUGAGGUCUGGGCGGAUAACAAACUGACCAUGAGCCCACAAUGCACCCUUGUGGUGACACAGGCCAAAGCUUUGCUAGCAGGCUGAGGGAGACAAUCCUUUCUCUACUCAGCACUGAUGAGGAUGCAUCUGGAGUACCGUGUCCAGUUCUGGGCUCCCCAGUACAAGGAGGAUACAAACUUACUGGAACAGAACUAGCACAGGGCCAUGUAGGAGCGGCUGAGAGAGCUGGAGCUCUUCAGCAUGUAGAAGAAAAGGCUUUGGGGGGGAUCUUUUAAAUAUAAAUACCUAAUGGGAGGGAAUGGAGAUGGGGGGAGCCAGGCUUUUCUCACUAGCUCUCAGUGGUAGGACUAAGAGGCAGUGGACACAAGUUAAAACACAGGGGAUUCCAUCUGAACAUAAGGAAACACCUUUUUACUGUGAGGGUCGUCAGACACUGGAACAGGUUGCCCCGAGAGGCUGAGGAGUCACCAUCCCUAGAGAUACACAGAACCUGACUGGGCAUGGUCCUGGGCAACCUGCUGUAGCUGACCAUGCUUGAGCAGGGAUGUUGGACUACAUGAUCCCAAGAUGUUCCUUCCAACCUGAAUGAUUCUGUGAACUUGGAUUUAGCACUUUUCACUAGACAGAGAUAUGGGCUGUGCUCUGCAAAUGAGGCGUAGCCCAAAGAUGGGUGGUAUUGAUGUGACAGCUUGAAUCCCUAGGGAGCAGGUCUGUAUCUGCGUAGAAAGAUGCACAAAGAACACUGUAAAAGCAUUUGGCUAGUGCAGGUAUUUAAAGAUCAUGCUGAUCUCAAGUAUUCAUUAUUUUCAAAGGCUGAGCUUUACUCCCGUGAAGAAGGAAAAGCCCAGGUCCUAGCUAAAGGAAAGUUUGCUUAAGAUACAAGGUGGAAUAGGGGUUGCCAAUAAGCUUUCAUAUGCUUGAGUCUUGUUUGAAUAGAAAUAUGAGUUACUUGUCUUUAGAGUUAGAAGGUGCAUAGGGAAAUGGAGAGCCUUCUGUAAUAGUCUAUAGUUUUAUAACACAGUAAUAGGGCUGGUUCCCUUGAUUGCAGCAUGAUUUUAUUGAAAGAAAUACCUUGCAGGUGUGCUUUAUUACUUGAGUUUAAAACCGUAAUACAGUGCUUUAACAACACUUUCUAAGGUUUUUUUUUUUUGUUUUUUGGGUUUUUUUUUUUCUUCAUAAGAAAAUAUGUAAGAUUUGCUGUCAGCCUUUUGCCUGUGGAAAUGUAGUAGUUACCUGCUCUGCUAGGUGGCUUAAGAAAUAGCAGUGUUAUCUUCAUGUAUGCGAUUUUCUGCUGGAGAGUAAGUCAUGUGGAAGUGGAAUUUAAUUUACAGUAACUUUUUAAUGAGCACAAGAAUAAUCCCAUUUCUGUUACUCAAAGGAAUAGAACUUCUGGGAGAUACUGUUCAAGUCAAUUUUUCAACUUCAGAUCUCUUCAUACAGUGUCAGUUAGCUGUAGUCCUGAAUCUACAAGGAACUAAACAAUUAUUGGAGCAGUAUCACAAAGGGAAAAAUUUGCUGCUUAGUGCUUUACGCUUAUUGUUAACACUAUAUAUUUGUUCAAAAAAUUCCCAUUUCAGUAUGUUCCGUAUUGCAUUUCUUAUAUGGUUUUUAAGUAAAAAGUAUAAAGUUGGUUUUUAACUUACUUUUAUCUUUUGUUAUGAUGGCAGAUGCUGUAAGCUACACAACUUUAAAAGCAUAUCAUCCUAAAAUACCUGUUUGUUGGUUGAAAAGCUAAUGGAAUUGAGCAUUUUGUAAUUCAGGAUCUUGUAACUAUAGUCCAACUUGUAAAAAAAAAAGGUUACAGCAACUAGAAUUAUUUUUUGUAACCAUCCUCGGGUAAGAGGAGUAGUGUUAAAUUGAGGAAUUGCAGUAUCUUGUGUAUUUAGAGAUAUAUAUGUAUAGCAAACUAAAUUUUUCCAACUGUUUUCAUGCUCAAAAUACAGAACUAUAGGACUGGUAUGAAAUGCUUGUAUUUCUUUUCUUACGGAGAAGUAAGAAAGCAUAUGUUUCAGAAAAUAGCAUGUGGAAUUACUUCAAAAUAAGAGAGGGAACAUUAAUAUCUAUCUAAUCCAGGAUUCUCAAAAAUUAAUACUUUUCUAAUCAAAAAAUGUGCUUAAAAGCUAUGUUUUAAAAAACACUUGAUUAUUUAAUAAAGGCUACUUGGGAGAAGGAGUCAAAUACAGUCACCUAGUGUUAUCUCUUAACUGCUGAAAUACAUGGAAAUAACAUGGACAUUCGUGAAGUUGGGGCAAGAAGGAUAUUUUGAUUUCCUGAAGCUUGCUUAGGUGCCAUAGAAAGUAGAAGUCAUUUGGUUACUUCAGAGGAGUUCAUUCAACAAGUCUAUGAAAACCUCUACUUCUAACCUUUUUUAAUCUCCCCAACAUCAAGCUGUUGCAAGAGUAGGGCAUGCUACAUUACAACCAUUUCUCCAUUCUGCCAUGCAGUAUCACUCUGUGAUUGCUCUAGGCAGGCUUUCUGAUGUCAUGAGGAUAUUAGUAUUUUACUCUUCCACUCUUUUGUAUUAUCAAUGGUGAAAACUUGUUGAAGCCUUUUUGUGGUGUCUUGAACAGAUGAUGCAGAUUUGGAUUGGUUUUGAGUCCCAACCUGUUUACUUUGUUAUGGAAGUAACAGACUUUCGGACUGUGGUUGGGUCUCCACUGUUGUUCUUACCACCUUCAUCUUGUAACUUUGUGUGUUCUCACUUCCAUGUGCCUUUCAUGAGGUGAGAGCUCCUCUUCAUUUGUAAGUCCUCUUCUAGUAUUCAUCCCUAUUUUCAAUAUGACCUUUGGUCCAAACCUCACAAACAGUGCUGAAGAUGAGCAAUAAGUAUUAUGAUGAUCAGUCAAAUGAGAUUACCGGUGUUCUAAUUCUCAGAUGUGAUAGUCCUAGUAUUUUUAGUAAACACUCAAAAUGGUAUCCAUGUCUGAUUCUCAAAAAUCCAAGCAGGAGGAGAUGUCUAUCGGACUGAUGCAGAGCCAAAGCAUAGGUGAAGGUCAUGUCUGUAGCUGGCUUGGUUUUAAAGACCCUGGUUGAACUGUACACAGGCAUCAGUAGAAAUUCUUGACUUUGCAUAGUUUUGCUGAGAGACUGGAGAAGACCAUUGUCCUGUUUGGAUAAUCUGCUAUGAGUUCUGGAUUUUUAUUUUUUUUUUUUGGAGGGCCCAUUCCAAAAUAAAUCAACAUUCUGGAAAGGGAGUUGUAUUUGGCCAAGAAUCAGUUCUACUUCUUGGUAAGUGCCACUAGCCCUAUGCUUGCAUGAACUAAACUUUCCCUAUUAAUGAGUCAUGCUUUGUGGUGGGGUUUUUGGUAUUUGUUUUUUUUGGUUUUUUUUUUUUUUCUUUUUAGACAUACUGGGUGCAACUGGCUGGCAUUUAGUUUUUGUUGAGAGAGGAAAAUAAUUGUGGUUCUUCCUUGGCCUUUAGUUAAAGCUGUAUGAUCCUAGACAUACAUCUUUUUUUUAUUAUUAUUAUUAUUCUUACCUUAUAACCCUUGAGUCUCUCAAAAUAUUUAACCCUAGAAAACUCCCAAACCCUUAAGCCCUUAAGAUGCUUUUGCCAAUCUUGGACGAUUUGGCCUCACUAAUGUGAUGACGCGGUCUUCAAAUGUGGUUCUAGGAGCUGUGUAUCUGGGGUGCUACUGAGCUAAAGGAGUGAAGUCUGUAGCCUUUGUAAGGGCUUUACUCUGUUCAUGGACAACUGACUGAUUUUAAAUAGUGCAAGGCUUGUUAAUCAUGUCUCUUAUCCUGUCAUGCCAAACUGUGUUAUUUCACUGCUUUAGGCACUUGCAUACUUGAUGGUGACCUGUAUGUCUGGCUGACAGAACUAUCCAGAAGCAAGUGCUUCAUAGACAGGGGUUUGAGAGAAUGAUGUGUGUGACUGAAUGCCAUCUGUACUAUCAAUGGAAGGGAAAGACAGUAAACUCAGAUGGUUGUGGAGAACAGAAGUAUGUUUGUGAAGAUCUGGUCAGUCUUGCAUAUGAGGAGCACUCCCUGCCAGAUCCAGAGUCACUUCCCUUGACUUCAACAGCAUCAAUCCCAUAGGGAUCCACUUAGAGAGCUCUAAGUCAUAGUGGGUAUGGCAGCUCUCAUGCUGACAGAUAGUUGAUGAAGCUUCUAAGAAAAGCCUUGAGGUGACUAGACAACUGACAAACUAAAUGCCCUCUAUUCCUUUCUGGUGUGUGCAUUUUAUGUGCUAGUCUGACUCGCUGGUAACAUACUUUGGGGGUAGAAUAGAUUUUACUCCACCAGUGAAAUUUGCUAUGACUCAGGGUGAAAUUCUAUGUGCUUGAAUUCAUAUGCUAGAGCUAAAGAAUAUGUGGACGUAUUACUGUAAAUAUCAUUAAGAGACAAUUUUCCAGUCAGUAAAUGCUAGUCCUCAUUUGCAGCUGACAUUAAUAGUUUUUACUACGUUGCUUACUGAACAAAUCCCAUAGAACCAGGGUAUUCAUAUAAUCACUUACUGUUUGGCAUGCAAAGUGGGCAGAUGGCAGUACCAAUCUCAGCAAGUACAGAAUCUCAGCUCUUCAUUUGUCAAAAUGCUCAGCAACAGACUAUCAGGUAGCAUGAGUUGUUUCCUUCAGACUCCUCCAGUUAAUUGUUCUAUUAUUUAAAAAGUGAAAGUAGAUGUCUGCUGUUCCUCCCCUUAGAUCUAGAAUGUAUAACUGUCCUGUGCUUGUUUUGUUCCCCUGGAAUUACUGGUUACCCAAGGGAGGAGCUUUGACAAUCUUGUUAGUCAUGCCUGAUUGCUGUAUCAAGGGCAAAUUAUCAUCUUCACAUUCCUGUUGCCUUACAUAAUUAAAAAAACAAAAUCCCUACCCAGCCAGUUCCUGAAAUACCAUAUAGCACUUCUCUGAUUAGUACUUUAUGGCACGCUCCGCAGAAAUGUCUCAACUGCUUGUAUUUGUAUCCAAAGAAAGGUGGAUAAACUGGGUUCAACGAGAAGCAGACCUUGCCACAAAAGCUAUGGCUAAGUGUAGUAAGGACCUAAAAACACUUCUGAGAGCAAUCCAGGAAAACCACAUAUUUUUAUUUUCCUCAUAUACCAACAAACUGAUUUUAAAAGUAGUAGGAAGCAGGAUAAAAAUUCCUAGGAUCCCCUUGUGCUCCCUAUCAAGUCACAAUUCCAAAACUGAAGCUGGUGUGCGAACUGAGUUCAUUGCUGCUGCACAAACUUUCAGAGGAUGGUUUUGCUAGUUCAUAUUUUGCCUUUGACACAUGGAAAACAUCAAUACUUAAUGUAAUAUGGACAAACUCUCAGAAGAUCAUUAAGUUUUGGUAAUGGAGUUUGGUCCCCUCCUCUCACAGGCAGUCCUAUUUGAACUCCUGUCUUAAAAUUGAGGAGGAAAUAAAAUCUUAGAGAAAAGCCUUGUUUUGCAGUAUCCUCUGAUGGUUUAAAAAUAGUUGUGAACAUUAUUUAUGAGUAGGAGAUUUCAGUUCUAUUUUUAUCAAUAUUCUUUUAUUUAGAUAGUUUAUAUCCACUUAAUGCUAUCACAGAUACUUACAAACACCAGGUAUGUUUCUUCUCGGUCUUAUUUUAAUUAGACUAAACAAGAUAAGGUCCUAAAAUACCUUACAAGAAACUCUUUGUUCUCUUGCCAUACUAGUAAUUCUUUUAAGCAGUUGCUUUGUUUGGAACAUGGAUAACCAGAAAGAUAUAAUAUGUUGCAGGUAAGAACUGCCUAAGUCACAUAUAGGUAGAUAUCAAUAUAUAUAGAGAUUUUAUGUGUAGUGAAACAACUUUAUGUACUGACAGUUUUCAGUAUAGCACUGUGCAUUUCAUAUCCAGUAACAUCACUGUUCUAUUCCAUAUACUUUAUCCACAAACUUUAUGCCUGUUGCAUGCCACAAUUCUGGCAUCUUAAGUGCUGUAGCUGAGAAACUGAAAAAUGUAAUAAACUGCAGUGUGAGAUAUAGAAUAAAAGAACUGAAACCCAUUUUUCCUUUUUUUUUUCUCUUAGUAAAUAGCUUAUUUUUUCUUCUAAAGCUAAGGCUAAUAAUGGAUUAUUAACUUCUAUUUAAAUGGUUAACUCUCCAACAAUAUAAUUUACAAGAAGUGAAAUCUAAGUAACUUUUGGAUCCCAGCUAUCCUGAAUUGCUUGAGGCUUGUUUGAAUUCAUGACCUAGUUUUGAUGUGCGUUAGUUAAUGUUGCCAGAUAUUUCCCUAGUGUGGAUACAUGUUCAAGGAAGCCUGAGACCAGGACUGGUUGUAAAUGGAGAAAAUGCCUUGUACCCAUUACAGGCUUUUAUUCUUUAAGCUUCUCAGCAGUCUGACUCAUUUCUAGCUCUACAGAUCACUCAGUCAACACUGUUAUGCUGAUUAAAUCCAAGUGGUUGGAACUGCUAAUACAUGAUCAGAGCAAUAUUAAUAAAUAGAAUUUGCAGCUUAGCAAAAAAUAAGCACGUGUAGCAAUAAUGGACAGGUGAAAGUGAGUGUUGAAUGCUUCUUUGCAGUUUCUUGCUGUGCCAAUUUCAUGUAGAUGCUGUUCUAGGUUUGCCUUUUGAGACUAAUUUAGCAUAUGUGCAACGUUACCUUCCUCAGAUUUAAAUGACAACAAUGUCACCUGUUACACUGUAUAAAUUAUGAUAGCAUAUAUAUGCUUCAUACUGUUUGUGUUAAACAGUACAAUAUGAUCUUCAGUUUA